GUUAGUAUUUAUUUUUUAUUUUUUAUUUUAUAAAAUUUUAAAUCUCUAUUUCAAAUCUCCACCCUUAACUCUAAAUCCCAAGAUUUGGAUUAAUUAACCAUAGGGGUAUAAGUGUAUAUUUACAUAUCUAAUGAAACAUUUUUGUCAUUUUGAUUCUUAGAGUCUAUAUUUGUGACAUAAACUUUUUUAGUGUUAUCCUAUGAUAUUUCCCUUCCUAUAUUCUUUAAGACUUUCUCCGGAUUUCCCAAACCAAAAAUAAAGACGUGGUUAGCCAUUUCUGGUUUCUUAUAAUUAAGAUUCGAUUUAUCUUGUAUUACACAAGCUAUAGUAUUUUAGUGAGUCUCAAAUUUAUAAUUUUGGUUUAAUUAAUAUAAUAAGUUUUUUUCUUUAAUUCAGAAAACAAGCAUGUUUAGUAGUACUAUUAGAAUUGUAUGAAUUUUCCUUUGGAUAUAUCUCUGUAAUUUUAGUCCUACCAUCUACGCAGCAUUAGCUGGCAACAUUUUCUUCUAAAUUUGCAUUGAAAUUUACUGUUUUCUUAUUGGUUGGUUUAAUUGUUUCAACUAAGGGAAACAUAUCUUGAGUUAUACAAAUAAUAUCUAAAAUUACAUGAUUAUUAUCUGCUCUAUCCAUUGAUUUCCUGACAACUGUUAAUGAGUAUAUAUAUUCUUUUUGUAACUAUUAUAAAUUAUAUAUUACUGCAAUUUAGCAUUAAUGAUCCCAAAAAAGUGAUAAGACCUGCAUACGUAAUACCAGCCUCACUAAUACUAACCCACGCUUUGCACGGGAUAAGAUGUCUAUAUUAAUGUUGAAAUUAUAUAUUAUGAUUAUGUAUAACAUAUGGUAUACUUUAAGCGAUAGUUAGAUAGAACUAAAGAUAUGAUUUUUAUUAGACGCGAAGCGAGAAACUUUUUUAUAAUGGGGUCACUAAUAUUAAAAUUUAAUAUAUGGUGUUUACAAGUUUGAGAAGCUUUGAAAAAUAUUUUUUUUAUAUUUCGCCUAUCUAGUUAUGGACUUAGGGGUUUAACAAAUAAAAUAAAAAAAGGUGGAUCAAUAACAUAUUAUAAGCAAAACAAUAACAGUGCGAAAUAAAAAAAAAUAUAGCUCCUUUAAAUUCAGAAAACAUAGUUGCAUAAUAAAAGAAAUUGAAAGUUAUUUGAUCCUCUAAAUUGUAAAGGUUGUUCCAGAUGCGACCAGCACGUAAGACUUGCUGGUGGUUCAUUCCUGGAAGUUUCUUUUCAUUUUCAAGGUUGUCUAAUGCAGAGUUCUCAUGGCGGCGAAGAUGGUGACACUCGCAUGCUUAUAUUGCUUGCUCGAGAAGACUAAUACAUAAACCGAGACGAUGUAUAGUGAUUCAGUCUCCUCGAAACAGAUAUCACCUCAUCAAAUAGUAACAAAACCGAGUACGACACAUUUAUCUAGAAAUAGAUUUUCAAUGUCCUCUUUCGGCAACGUGAGGCGGUUCUCAAGAACGUGAGUGCUCUGCUAAAUGCAUGAAAAUAUGUAUGGAGAAAAAGGUUCUUUCAUUAACACUUGGCAUUGUACUAAAGUUUCAUCGCUUUGUUCUCUACGGAUCUAUCGACUUAAUGGCGAUAGAUCAGAUGAGUUACUGUUUUACCAGAAACGUAUAGAGGAAUAAGAAAUCUUUAUUGAUGCUAUGAUUAUAUUGAGAGGAUUGAUAAAUCAACUAAUCAAACUUGAAACUGAAGGUUUAUCAGGUAAAAGUGCUCGUCGAGAAAAGUAUAGAUGAUAUGAAGUUCUUUUAAAGGAAUGUUAGUGUGAACGCAUUAAAUUCACAGUUUUUGUGAGAAACGUUCUCUGCGUGACACCUAAACGUUUUACCAAAUAAAAACUUCUCGUGAAGCCACGUCACCAUUUACAUUAUUUGCCAAUAAAAUUUUAAGGUAAGUUUUGAAAGUGUUUCUCCUUUAAUAUAUAGGGGAUUAUAUAAACAAGAGCAUUAUCAAGUGCCAACAUAUCUCUAUCAUUCACCAACACAAAACAAUGCCAAAGGGAAGGAUAAAAAUAGAGCCCAUAACUAAUAGCGCUGCAAGGAACCAAACUUUCCGGAAGAGGAAGAAAGGUUUACUCAAAAAAGCCAACGAGCUGUCGACUCUCUGCGGUGUCAAAGUUUGUGCGGUUAUCAACAGCUGCGACAAUACGGAGCCGCCGGAGUUUUGGCCGUCAAAGGAAGGCGCUGAAGCAGUGCACUCGGCGUUUAUGGGUGUUCUGCCGGAGGAACGAUGCAAGAGGAUGUACGACCAGGAGAGGCAUCUGGAGGAGAGGAUCCAUAAAGGACAAGAUAGAGCGAUGAGGCUACAUACGGAUAAUAGGGAGAUUGAGCUUAGAGAGGUUAUGUUCGAUCUUCUCAGGGGGAAGACGCUGAUGCCGCAUCAGUAUGGUGAUCCAAGUUUUAUGAGAGACCUGAAUCUUUUCAUUGGUGAUUAUGCCAAUAAGGUAACUUACAGGACCCAGUUCCUCGAGGGGAAUGUUGAGCAUGUUCCUCCUAAUGUCGCUGUUACCGAUGCACCUGGUCCUGUUGUUGGUGAUGUGACCCUGUUUUUGUCGGAACCGAGGGUUCGGUAAGUAACCCUACUGAAGCUUAUGAUCAUAUGCGUCAAUAUGAAGGUAUGGAUAUGAGUGUGAAUGAGCAGGCUCCUGGAGGUUUUAAUGAUCAUGUUCAUCAUCAAGAACCAUUUCAAUAUCAAACUCCUACUAACUUUUAUGAUCAGACUCAGCCUAUGUUUUAUGGUUCGAGCCAGGGUAUGGAUAUGAAUCAUCAAGAACCAUUUCAAUACCAAAGUCCUGCUAACUUUGAUGACCAGACUCAGCCUAUGUUCUAUGGUUCGAGCCAGGAUAUGUAUACAGGUUUGAAUCAUGAUCAGGGACAGAGUUCGAAUCAGUAUCCAAAUUCAAACCAAUCGUUCAUGAGUUUUUGAUGGGACAACCUCAGCAGAUGAGUGAUGUUCAAGAGCCUGCAAGAGUUGCUUCCAUGGGUGACAACAAUAAUGGCUAUCACCAAUUACUAGUCACCAGUCAGAUGCCUUUCACCACCACCACCACCGCUGCCGCCACCGAUCUUUAUGGUCAUAGCAUCAACAAUGGUUGGCCAACGAGGUUUGGUUUGGACUGAAGUUUUUGCGUUUGCAUUUCUGAAAUUUUAUAUUGUAAUGAUUAAAGGUUUUGGCCUUUAAAUCAGUUAUGUUAUUAUCAUUAUCAGGCAAUAUUGUAUCUGUACCAUAUUGUCCUUGAAUAUUUUAUCGUUUCGAAUAAAGACUUUUGCUUUUUGUAUUUUUUCCUUAAGGCCAUGGAGGAAGAAUGCAACGAGCAUUUCGCAAAAAAAUAUUAUCAGACAAACCAGUAAUCAAGAAAUGUGGCCAUAAGACAUAAAUAUAUAUAGAGUUAGGUGACAUGUAAUUGCGUGUGGAUGUAGAAUGCUUAUUUAAGAUACACCAUUAUCUUCCCAAAGCCACAUGUCAUGCAAUAAAUAAUCACUCAUAUUAUCAAGAUAACUGAUGAUAUCCACUGAAAAAAAAAAAUCUCCAAUAAUUAUUUAAUGUUUCUCUCGCUAAGCAGAAGCAGAUAUAUAUUACAGAAAAAGAUACAAGUCUUCAAUAAUUUGUUAAUUUUCUCUCACUAAGAAAAAAAGGAUGCAUGCUCAUAUCAAUUGAAAAAAAAGUCUUCAGUGAUUCCUUAAUAUUUCUCUCACUGAGCAGAAAGAUAUUCACAUUACAAAAGACAACUCAUGAACAACCAUGUCUUCACUGUUCCUAAACCAAAGCCUUAUCAAGGAUAGAAUCGAUAGAACAUUUCUAUGAAUCGUGGGACUAGGUGAAAAGUGGCCGUAUUCAUUGAGUUGGUGGGGAGGGUCUGUGAAUCUGGGGUCAAAACACUAUUGAAAUGGUCCGUAUAGCAUUUAUACAAACUUUGAAAAGCUUCUCUACGAGAAAGCUAAGGAGAUUUGGUUUGGAAGUAGAUAAUCUUUUUUCCAUGUCUAUAAAUUUGCUAUAGGUUUUCUCUUACAUAAAGGUAGCAUUAGAUAGGUUUUUUCUUACAUAAAGGUAGCAUUAAAUUGUAAAAAAGUUUUUUUGAAGUGAAUAAAAUUUAAAAUUCUUUCAAAAAAAGAAAAGCUUCUCUAACGUAAUAGACCAUUUUAA